AUGACUACAUCAUCAGAUAAAUUAGAUGAAUCGCUAUUUUCAUUCAUCUUGGAUAAUAAUUCAGUCGAAGGCCUGGAGGAUAUGGCAAAGAAAUUCAACACCAGAGAUGAACCAAACAAUGCCAUUAGAUUGACAAGAAAAGCAAUAGAAGAAUCGAUACAUCAAUCGAACGAACAACACAAGGUACAAGAAAUCUUCAAAAUCGAUGCUGAAACCAUUGCAAAAAUCGAGAAGGCCAAAAAAGAAAGACCAAUUGCAUUAAAUUCAGAGACUCCAGAGGAAUUACAAACAUUGAAAGAAAUCAAGAGAAGAAAUGAUAUUUAUAAGGAAUUGAAUGCCAAACUCAAGAUGGGAUUCGGCAAACAACAAACUCAGUUGGCUGAUCUAUCAUUGUUGUUGGUAACAUCGGCAUAUAAGUUGUAUACAUCAGAGUGUGCCGCCAAGAAGAAAGCACUGCAAGACGCCACUGCUGCCGAAGAUGCAAUGAUUCACGAUGGUAAACAAGCAGCGGCACCAACAGAAGAGGUGGACUACGAAGAACCAUUGUUCAAUCAGUUUGUUGAAUUCAUUGACUACGCUGUCAAUGUGCUCACCUUGCCAGAGAUGGUCUUGAAGGUCGCUAAAUUCUUAGCAACUGAAAAGCUUGCUGUUCUUUGUCUUCGUGUUUGCAAAGUUGCUGCACAAAAGCUACAUCUCCAAAGAAAGCGUGAAUUAGAUAUCCUCAAGAAGAGUCAAUCCGAUCUGACAGCAAUCAGUUUCGAAAUCGUAGAGACAUCGAUUAACGCUAUCUUUUCAAAUAUCGAAUCACUUCAAGCCAAAGUAAAUGCCAAACAAGAUUUAUCAUCAAGAGAAUUGUUUGAUCUUACAUUGUUACAAACCGAUACUCUUAAGGAAUUAAUUGAAUUUUAUAUUCCAACAUAUCUUACUCAUCCAGAAGGUAUCUUAAAGAUUGGAAAGAUGUUAUUAGGAUUGAAACAAUUUAAUUAUGUUGUUUUGGUAACUGAACGUGCAAGAAUUAGAAUGGAUGAGUUGAAGAAAGCACAAGGAGAGAGAACCAAGGUUGAGAAGAGAAUUACAGAGUUGAAGCAAGAUAUCCAGACUAUCAAGGGUGUAGGUGGACAUCCAACUGCACAAGAGACAGAGUUGACCGAAUAUGAAAACAUUGCAAAGACCUACAAGAUCCUACCGACUCAUUGUUUCAUUUCGACAACCACCCACAAUGAUUUCCUUCUUCAGAAUGCAGAGUUGCGUGUAUCCUGUAUCAUUGAGAUGAAGACAACCUCCAAGACACCGAUGAAUAUCGACAAGGAGUUGAACGAUGCUCUCGAUACCAUCUUGGAUCCCACUCACAUCUUCAAACUCGCUCAAACCGUGCAUAAACAUGGUGAGAACGAUGCUACCAUUCGUUAUGGUGAGCGUUGUCAACAACAUAUUGCACACCUCGAGAAGUUGCGUGAAGUUCGUCUUCCACUACAACAAUCGCUCGAUGCUUUGUUGGCAGAGGAAAAGAAGCUUCGUCAAGUCGGAAAGAAUCUGUUGGCUGCUCAGCAAGAGGAGUCGCUGAAACUUCAAGAAAAGAUCGCUGCACUACCGGAAUGGCCAGCAUUCGGUGUACUCACUGCCAGAAAUCAGUAUGACAAUCUGCAUUUGGAGGUUGCUCAGGUUAUGAUCUCAUCGGUGUUGCUCUCCAAGAAGAAUUUGGAAAACUCUAAGGAUACUGCCAAGAAACAAUUGGUCAACCAGCAGUUCAAUCAGUUGGUCGAGUUGUGUUUGGAGAAAUUCAGUGAUCCAACUUAUUUGAUGAAGUUUGCCAAUCAUAUGAAAGACAGUCGUGAGGAUCAAGUGAUGACAAGAAUCAUUACACAGAUCUUCAAGAGAACCAACGAGAUUGAAUCGGCACGUCAAGUUCGUCUCGCUCUCGAAGCCAGCUUGGAGACUGCCACUGCCAAUGUCAAGAGAGACAACUCAGCGGAAUCGUUGGCAAAGAAGAAACAAUUGGAAGCAGAGAUAGAAGCACUUCCAGUAUGGCCACACUAUGCCAAUUUGAAUGCUGCCAGACAAUACGACGACAUCAAGUAUCAGGCAUCUACAACUCUAUUGAACUCUUUGAUUGACUGUCUCCACUUUGUCGAGGAGAAGAUCCGUAAGAGAAAGAUGUUUGAUUUGAAGACUAUCAGCGAAGAGGAUUUGGUAAAGGAGCAAGAAACAUUGCAAAAGCUCAUCCAGGAAGCAUUGCUGUUGUGCCUUUCCAACUUGGAAUCGAUCCACUCCAUCAUUAAGCUGGCUAAAGAACUCGGUCCAAAGAAUGACUCGUUGUUUGUCGACAUUGCCAAGAUUUUCCAUCCAAAGCUUCGUGAAUUCUAUGAACACGCUUUGAAUGCCAAGAGAAAGAAGAUCUUGGUGGAGAUGCUCGAAGAGGAACUUGCAGAGUUGACUCGUAUGAAGAAGGAUAUGUCCGAUGAGGAUUUGGCGCUGUUGGAGAACACACGUAAUGAACUCAACGCCGUUGCUCUACCGUAUUUGGACGACUACUUGGCCGAUCAAUCACAUCACUCCCAAAUGGUGUUGGCUGGAAUCAAGUUUGUCUUUGAUGCACGUCAAGCUGUUCUAGUCAAGAUUGCCAAUGCCGAGAUGAAAGCAGCGGAAUCCGACAUUGCUUUGGCCGCUUCCAAAGAGCGUAUCAAUUUGAUCAUGCAAAUCGUCCAGACCUAUGUACAAGAUCCAGCCACCUUCUUGAGCUUAACAAGCUACCUCUUGGAAAAGAAAGAGUUUUCACUUGUCGAACAAGUCUGUUCAUUCGCAUUCGACAAACUCGUACUCUUCAGAGAAUCACAAGCCAAGAGAGAAGUACUCGAGAGAGAGAAAUCUGUUAUUCUCGAAGAGAAAGAAGCGUUGGACAAGCAACGUAGAAGACUAUCCGUCGAGAAACACAAGAAACUUCGUGAGAUCCUCUACACUGAGAAACUCAACAGUCUGUUGCCAUCAUUCCACACUGCCAAUGUCGACGACAACGCUUUGGAAGUCAGUAAGGUUCUCAUUGGUAGUGUCUCGAAGGAGAAGAUGAACUUUGAAUCGAACAUCACCACUCUCAGUGAAGACAGUUUGAGACAGGUUGCAAGCGAUCGUAAGAAAUUCAGUGAGAAAGUAUCGACCACCGUAAAGAAGUGUAUUGAACAAAUCAAGUCGUUGGAGACAAUGAUGAGCUUUGCCAAUGAUUUGUUUGCCAAGAAAGAGUAUCUCAUGGUGAUCCAAGUUGGAACAAUCAUUGAAAAGACUCUCGACCAACACAAUGAUGUUCUCGAGAACAAGGAGCGACUUGAAAAAGAGAUAAAGUCAAACCAACAGAAGUUCUUGCACGUCCAAGACUUGGCUCAGCGUCCAGCCAUCCAAGAUUCAAUCGACCGUAUGACCGCCGAACUCAAGAACAUCAAACCAAGAUAUAGCUACGAGGAAAUCAAAUCAUUCACUCUUAAGAUUACCGACCUUAUGAUUAAAUCCGCCAACUUUGAGGAUCUCGGUGAAGUGAUUCGUGACCAAACUAUCAUUUCCUUCAAGAUUGACACCACCUCUGAGAAGUGGGAUCAAAUCAGAAACCUUUCAUCCGAAGAGGAAUGGGCAGCAAUCAAAGAGGAACUUGUAGUGUUUGUCAUGAAGCGUGACGAGAAUAUCAAUAGCAAGAUUGAGCUGUUGAUGAAAGACGGUUUGUUCAAGCAGUGUAUCGAGAUAUUCCCUCAUCCAGCCGAAGACGACACUGAACUCACACAACAAAUGGUCCUAUUGGAAUCACUUUACGAUGCUGUCGAUGAGUACGAUUUCAAAUUGCUCACUCCCAUCCUCCCACUCAUCCAACGUUAUGCCAAGCGUUGCUACCAAGAAUGGGCAUACGAAAGACUCGAUUCACUCUAUGAUUCACUACAGAAACGUUAUCCAGAGAAGAUCAAAGAGAUGUUCAUAAUGGCCACUGACUACAUGUUGGUAACCAUUCUACCGAGUCAAUAUCCAACUUUCUUGCAGAUGCUCAAGAACUUCAAGAAGAGAAUGUGUGCCACCCUCGGAAAAGAUGAAUAUUGGAGAAGCUUCGUAGAGGACUUCAAGAAGAAACAAAAAGGAAAGAAGAAGCUACUUCAAAUGCUUGGUUUGAUCAACGAUUCCGUUUGGAAUAUUGAAGCCACCAAUCAGGCUUCACUCUUGAAAUCUCAAGCCGCCAGCAGCAGAGGAAGCAAGAAUAAACAUGACUCAUCAAGUGCAACACCAACCAAAAAGAUUAAAGUUACAGGAAUUGCAUCAAUCAGUCAUGCCAACAACAACAACAAUAACAAUAACAAUGAAGAAAUGUUUGAUGAUACACCUGCCACUCCAGUUCAAGAAGAGGAAGAAGAAGAUGAAAAUUAA